CUGAUAUAGGGGCCACCUUGUGGUAAAAUAUAGUGAUGUCCACUUACAGAUUAACAGUCACGGCAGGGCUCAAAUGAACAUGCUACAUUUGAGGGAAAGAAAAAAAAAAUCAAACAUCACAGUGGAUUAUGACCAUUUCGGAAGUGUUUUUCUGUGAUAAUAAAUGGGGACGUCUCUGCGCAGCCUAUCGGAUUCCGGGAUGCAAUACGCAUCCAAAUGAAACGAACGCCAGUCCUUUCGCUAAUCCUUGUCUAUCCUUUUUAUCUCGGGACUCAUAGCAGUCUGAUCACUAUGGGACAGCGAAGCGGUGGGACAAAGCCAUGCGGAUGAUAUUCCUGUAAAUGAGAGAAAAAAGCAAGUCUGUGUGACUUUUGUGGGCGCAAACUGGGCGCAUGUAGGCAAAUUGCGUAUGCGUAAAAGUGGGCCAAAAUGUUCCUCGUCCUGAUCCUGGGGCUCUACGUGGCCACAGGUGAACUUUUCUCCCCAGUGAGUUCCUGCCCUUCGCAGUGCAGCUGUUUUUACCACAACCUGAGCGAUGGAUCAAAGGCCAGGAGCGUCAUUUGCAACGAUCCCGAGAUAUCUCUUGUGCCUGUCGGGUUCCCUGUUGACACGUCCAAGCUACGGAUUGAGAAGACAUCCAUCCAGCGGAUACCAAGCGAAGCCUUCAACUACCUCUCCAGUCUGGAAUUCCUGUGGAUGUCUUUCAACACGCUGUCCACCGUGAACUCGGACAGUUUCCGGGGACUGUUCAACCUGGAAGAGCUUCGUCUGGACGGGAACGCCCUCACCGCCUUUCCCUGGGAAUCUCUCAUGGAUAUGCCCAGCCUCAGACUUCUCGAUUUGCACAACAACCAGCUCACCUCGCUGCCCGCCGAAGCCACCACGUACAUCAGGAACCUCACCUACCUGGAUCUGUCCAGCAACAGCCUGCUGACCCUGCCGGCAGAGGUGCUGUCCACCUGGCUGGCUGCAAAACCAACGCAAGGGCCGGAGAGCUCCAAGAUGAUACUUGGUCUCCAUGACAACCCCUGGGUGUGCGACUGUCGGCUCUAUGAGCUGGUCCAGUUCCAGAAGUCUCAGACUCUCUCAGUGGCGUUCAUCGACACAAGGCUCCGGUGUUCGGCUCCGGAGAGUGUGUCGGGGGUCUUGUUCAGUGAUGCAGAGUUGCGUCGCUGUCAGCUCCCGCGCAUCCACACAGCGGUGGCACGAGUCCGAAGCGCUGUGGGGAACAAUGUGCUGCUCCGCUGUGGGACCAUUGGAGUCCCUAUCCCAGACUUGACUUGGCGCAGGGCCGAUGGACGAGCUCUGAACGGAACAGUCCAGCAGGAGAACUCAAAGGAGGGAAUCACCUGGUCCAUCCUCAGUGUUCCAGCUGUGUCUUACCGUGAUUCAGGGAAAUUCAUCUGCAAGGCUACUAACUAUGCAGGAAACGCAGAGGCUGUCAUUUCUCUCAUUGUCUCCAACUCACCGAAACCAGAGGGGAACCAAACCACCAAUGACAAGAAGCCCAAAGUAAAGAAACCAAACCCAGUGGGCAAAGCUGCCUACCAGGAGAAACUGGUUGCCAGAUAUGUGGUUCCAACCUCCACUCCUUCAUCCCUGUCUGCCCUGGAUCCCGGCCUUCUGCCUGGUCUCAGUCUUGAUCCUGGACUGGCCAGUUACAGUGCGGAUGACAGAGCCACCCCAGGACCCGCCACCUCCUCCAACCCAGACGCGCUUCUGGAUCUGGAGAAGACAAAUCUAAGCAACUUGGCGGCCAACACCUCAUCACUGCAGCAGGACCCGGACAGGGUGGUCCGCUCAGUGAAGGUGGUGGGGGACACAGACAAUACAAUUUCUCUGAACUGGAGAGCCCCUAAAGCCAAAAACACAACAGCGUUUAGUGUGCUGUAUGCGGUGUUUGGGGAGAGGGACAUGAGAAAGAUCAAUGUCGGGGCGGGUCAGAACCGUGUAACCAUCGAAGGGUUAGUGCCCAGGACCAAGUACAUUGCCUGUGUGUGUGUGAGGGGGCUGAUCCCCAAGAAAGAGCAGUGUGUCAUAUUUUCCACCGAUGAAGCAGCGAGUGCUACUGGCACUCAGAAGCUGAUUAAUGUGAUUGUGAUCACAGUGGCCUGUAUCAUUGCGGUCCCGCUGACAGUCAUCGUCUGCUGUGGGGCGCUGAAGAGACGCAUUCAGAAGUACUGGGGGAAAAAAACAAAGGACAUCCAAGAUUCCUAUGUGACCUUUGAAACACUGUCGCCUGGCACAAAGGCCAAAGGGCUCGAGGGCGAGUAUUUGAACAGACUGAACCCUGAGGAGUCCAACAGGCUGCUGUCAGCUCGCUCCAGCCUGGACUCCGAGGCCACAGCUAAGAUAGAGGGACAGCCUAACGAGUACUUCUGCUGACGUCAUGCUCCAGCUCCGGCUCCUCCUCCACGUCAUCUUCCUCGCUCUCACCCUCACCCGCGACACACCCGAAACCCCAACGCUCACUCGCAUGCCCACCACCACCCUCCUCCCCUUCAUCUCCACCCGCAUCCAUACCCUCAGCGCUACCCCUACUCUUACCCUCAGCAGCAUCCUGACGUCAGUCCCCCUCCCACACGUUCCCAUACGCCCACACCAUGGGAUUCCCCCCCACCAGUCCCUCCUCGCUGGAUAAUGCCACCAACUCCACCGCCACAGAGAGCCAAUUUCUAUCAAAGAACUUUUGCACGGUGCACUAUAAUGGAAAUAUCAGUUUAAAGAAUUUGAUUAACUGGGUAGAUCUAGAAAAAUUGAAUGCUUCUUGCAGCUCAAGUGAAACUCACUGGACUGUCAUCCAUCCAUGAAUAGUAAGACUCAAACACUUGCUUUUAUGUCUAAAAGAAUGUUUUUUUUUUAUCACUAAGCCUGUAAGAAUAAACAUGCUGAAAACUGCAAGAGCACAGCAAACACUGUAAGUUAUAUUUCAUCUCACUUGUUUUGGCCCAGCGAAGAAACCUUUUCAACCCGAUCUGAUUUAAAGGGAACUCAAUGGUAGAUACUCCAUUGUUUAUGUCAUAUAUGUAUGUGUAUGACUUGUAAAUACUUCACAGGAUGAUGUACACUUACAUAUAGAGUUAAUUCUGUGCCUCUGUAUAUAUCUGUCAUACGUUCUCAGAGAAGAUAUACACAUAGGCAUGGUUCAACACUUUGGUGAAUGGAGAGAAGCUGGAGCUGGAGAGAAGUACAGAAAGGACUGAACUAUGACGCAAUGUAAAUAGGGUGGAAAAUGAUGCAGAAAUGAAAUGUGAAAUGAUUUAUAUUCCCAGCCAAGAGACACAUACGGACAUCUCUCUAUGUACCCAUCUUGUGCCACCUAGAGGCAUCACUAUCCCAUUAAAUGUAGAUCUACUCAUUCCAAUGAUACAACGUAUUUGAAACUAAUGAAAUAAACUUUUAUAUAUACUAUA